AAGCCCAUGCGGCAGCAGCAAACGCCACGAGUCCCCCCCCUCUCUCUUUCUCUCUCUCUCCCUCGUCGGCGACUGAAUUCGUGGAAAUGGCGUCGGAGAUCGACCCCGCUCCGACCUCGCUGGAGCAGAAUGUCCGCCAUGUCGACUUCGAGGGAAAGUUCGCCCCGUUCCUCCGCCACGACGUCUACGGCCGGUUUGGCCACGGGGAGCUCCCGUGGGCGGAGAAGGUGCUGAUCGCCUUCGCGAUGGUGACGCUCGUCCCCGUGCGUCUCACCGUGUGCGCCACCAUGCUGGCGUUUUACUACCUCGUCUGUAGGGUUUGCACGCUCUUCCAGGCUCCGAACAGGGAUUUCGCCGAGCAGGAGGACUACGCGCACAUGAACGGGUGGAGGAGGACGGUGAUUGUGAACUUAGGGAAGUUCCUUUCUAGGAUUUUCCUCUUCGUGCUAGGGUUUUACCGGAUCAAUGAGAUCACUGUCCAGCCGCAUUCUACCGGAAAUUCUAGGGAUGAGAAUGAGGGCAGAGAACUCCGGGAAACUCGUGGAAGACCUGGAGCUAUAAUAUCUAACCAUGUCUCAUACAUAGAUAUUGUGUAUCACAUGUCUUCGUCCUUUCCGAGCUUCGUCGCUAAGAAAUCAGUGGCUAAACUUCCCAUCGUUGGUCAUAUAAGCAAGUGCCUUGGCUGCAUUUAUGUUAAGCGGGAGUCGAAGUCAUUUGAGUACAAGCUCAGGGGUAUUUCAGCGGUUGUGGCAAGAAGAAUUCAAGAAGCUCAUCAGAAUAAAGCUGUUCCACAGCUGAUGCUUUUUCCAGAAGGCACAACCACGAAUGGAGACUUUCUUCUGCCAUUCAAAACAGGUGCAUUUUUGUCGAGAGCCCCUGUGGUUCCGGUGAUACUAAGAUAUCCUUGGGAGAGGUUCAGUCUUGCUUGGGAAUCAAUAUCCGGGGGGCGGCAUGCACUUUUCCUUUUAUGUCAAUUCGUGAAUCGCAUGGAGGUGACACGCUUGCCUGUCUACUAUCCUUCGACAGAAGAAAUGAGUGACCCAAAACUUUAUGCAUAUAACCUUAGAAGGUUGAUGGCUGAUGAGGGAAAUCUGAAGCUCUCGGACGUUGGACUGCCUGAGAAGCGGGCAUAUCUUUCUGCUCUCCUUGGUAAUAGCACCUUGUCCAGUGAUUUUCCUUGGAAAGAUGACUGAUCAUCUAGUCUCACCUCUGUUGUCUUGCUCCUGUUGAUUCCGUGGUUUUCUCGGUUUUUGUUUGUGAAUAUGCAGUCAUGGUGAUGUUACUUUCUUAUAAUAUAAUGAUGCGUAGAAAAUGCAAUUCCAGUUGAUGUC